AUGAGGAAGUUUAGUCGACGUGCCUCCCCACCACACCAGAAGCCGCAUCCUCAUCAGCAAGGACCAUCGGAUGAAAAACUACGAAGCGACCGUCACCAUGACAGAGGAUCAAGCAGCUGCAAUGGUUGUGGAGGACAACAUAUGCGGAAUCAGUGCCGUUUUCGCGAUGCAAGAUGUAACAAGUGUAACAAAACAGGUCACAUAGCUCGGGUCUGUCGAUCAGCAAGGUCGACGUUUCAAAACGAUGCAACUGAUCAAAUACAGUCGUCAGAGAAUCCAGCGUCCGAAGUCGAUGUGGUACAAACACUCGGUCAAGUCUGCGACACAACUGCUGUCGGAAAGAAGAUGAUAAACGUUGUAAUCGACGGCCAGCAUCUGCAAAUGGAGCUUGAUACUGGUGCUCCGUGUGGAAUAAUUUCAGAGGCAAAGCUUAGAGGAAUCAAGCCAAAUUUUUCGUUGCAACCAUCAGAUAGACACUUUUCAAGCUACUCGGGCCACCGUAUCAGUUGCCUCGGUCGUGUACCAGUUAACGUAUCCAUUGGAUCGACAACGCGCAAAUUAAAUGUAUAUGUUGUGUCUGGCGAAUCCGACCCUCUCUUUGGACGUGAAUGGAUUGCUCAGUUUACUAGCCAGAUUAACAUCAACCAAAUGUUUGCUCCAUGCGCACAUAUCAACGUGCUAACGCAUUCUGAACUAUCUCCAAAUCAAGAAGUGCAGUUGUCAGAACUGCUCGAUAAGUACGAAGAAAUCUUUAGUGACGUUGCCGGCAAGCUAGUUGGGCCUCCAGCAAAAGUACACUUGAAACCGGGUUCAUCCCCUAUUUUUGCUAAGGCUCGUGAGGUUCCAUUUGCUCUACGAGAUCGUUACGCUACCGAAAUCGAGAAAAAGAUCACCGCAGGAUUUUACGAAAAGGUGGACUAUUCGGAAUGGGCUUCGCCGACACACAUCGUUGUGAAGAAGAACGGGGGUAUACGUAUAACAGGCAACUAUAAACCUACUGUUAAUCCGAGGAUGAUAAUCGACGAGCAUCCAAUCCCGAAAGUCGAAACAAUUUUCAACAAACUAAAGGGAGCCUCUUUGUUUUGUCAUCUAGAUUUAACCGAUGCCUACACACAUCUGCCAAUCGAUAACGAGUUCAGUCAUGUGCUCACACUAAAUACUACGACCCACGGCCUCAUUCGCCCCACGAGAGCCGUUUACGGUGCAGCGAAUAUUCCGGCUAUUUGGCAACGUCGAAUGGAGAGCAUUCUUCAAGGUUUGGAUAACGUUGUCAGCUUUUACGACGACAUCAUCGUCGCCGCAGACAACUUUAGCGAUCUUCUGUUAACCCUCACAGCGACAAUGGAUAGGUUGAAGCAAAACGGGAUACGACUCAACCGAUCAAAAUGUAUCUUCGCUGUUUCAUCUUUGAAAUGCUUAGGUCACAGAAUCGAUCGUCACGGUCUGCAUAAAUCUGACAAACACAUCGAAGCAAUUCGCGACGCGCCACGACCUGAAACCACCGAGGAGUUGCAGCUUUUUUUAGGUAAGGCAACCUAUUACAGUGCGUUUAUUCCGAAUCUCUCCUCUAGAGCACGAAGCAUGCGUGACAUGCUGGUCACCGACACGUUUGAGUGGACUGUUGAGGCAGACAAGGCGUACCAAGAUUUGAAGCAGGCACUUAUCUCUCCGCAAGUACUGAUGCAGUACGACCCAACAUUACCACUAGUUUUGGCAACAGACGCAAGCAAGACAGGACUCGGAGCGGUACUUUCCCAUUGCCUGACUAAUGGAACGGAACGACCGAUAGCAUACGCCAGUUGCACGAUGUCCAAAACAGAACAACAGUACCCACAAAUCGACAAAGAAGCCCUCGUGAUAGUGUGGGCGGUUAAAAAGUUUUUAAUGUAG